CAUUUCAAAUGACCUCAUCUAUAUAUAACAACAAUAAAUUCGCAGUUCAGACCAUCCUCUCCUCCUCUCUCCUGCAACAACCGUAUCAGUCAACAACAACACAAGUCAACAACAAUGGCGAUGGCUUUCAAAAUGGCGACGACGGGGAUGUGGGUAACAGAUGAAUGCAAGAAUUCAUUCAUGGAGAUGAAAUGGAAGAAGGUGCACAGGUACAUCGUUUUCAAGAUCGAUGAGAGAUCCAGGUUGGUCACCGUGGAUAAGGUGGGUGGUCCCGCCGAGGGUUACGACGAUCUGACGGCGGCUCUUCCGGUAGAUGAUUGCCGCUACGCCGUCUUCGAUUUCGACUUUGUCACCGUGGAUAAUUGCCGGAAGAGCAAGAUCUUCUUCAUUGCAUGGUCACCAGCGGCAUCAAGAAUCAGAGCAAAAAUCCUAUACGCAACCUCAAAAGAUGGGUUGAGGAGAGUGCUUGAUGGCAUCAGCUACGAAUUGCAGGCAACCGACCCAACCGAGAUGGGAUUUGAUGUGAUUAAAGACACUGCCAAAUAGAUAGAUUGAUCUUGCGUUUACCAAAACCCUAAUCUGUCUUUUGUUAUCUUCAAAUCUUACUUUAUCUAAUAUCUCCAAGUAGCCAUGCUGGUGUUUACUUCUUGUUUCUUUUACCUUUUCUUUUUUUUUUUUUUUUUUUAAUUUUGGUACUAAUCCAAUCCAUGUAAGUUAAAACCUCUGAUUGGUAAUAAUUAUUGUGGGCACUCUCGUAAUUUAACGCAAAUUAAAGCA